AUGAGUAUGAAAUUCUCAUCAGACUACCUCCCUGAAGAAAUGAUGAUCGAAAUUCUUCUGCGGCUACCCAUCAAAUCUCUCCUUCAGUUCACCUCUGUUUGCAAAUCUUGGAACUCUCUCAUUAAAGGCAAUACCUUCAUCAAAAACCACCUCAAACUCACUACAAAAAGAAUCACCAGAGAUGGCCCUCUGCUCCUUCUCAGGCAUUGCCCAAGCGAGCCCAAUGUAGAGCAGUAUUCUCUACAUUUAGACAACCACACCUUCCAAGAGUACUCAAAACCACAACUUCCAGCUAAGAGCUUCAAUGAGUGUUUCCGGAUUGUGGGUUCGUGCAAUGGAUUAAUCCUCCUCUCAGAUGAUUACCUGACCGAAACCAAUACUUUUAUUCUAUGGAACCCCUCAAUUCGAAAGUUCAUCACCCUUCCUAAACCUCACAUCCCACACUCUCAAUACUAUACAGUUUAUGGGUUUGGAUUUGAUGCCCAAAGAGAUGAUUACAAGAUUCUGCAGCUAGUGUAUGAGGGUCACAACAGAGCUGGCCCUGAAGUUGAGCUCUACUCACUCAGUUCAGGGUCUUGGAAAAGCAUCACUGCAGCUUCUCCCAAGUAUGAGAUUGCUCCAACAAUGUGGUCUCAGGUUUUUGUUAAUGGGUUUAUCCAUUUCAUAGGGUAUUCUAAGAAAGGAGAAGCUUUUCGCAAUGUUGUUGUAGGAUUUGAUGUCUGUCAAGAGGCUUUUCAUGAGAUUAAACUGCCAAAGGACUUGGCUUCUGAGGUUCCAAACAUGUUCAUUACAGUUAUUGGCAAGUGCCUUGCUGUGCAACACUAUGAUAGUGUACGUGAGUGUUGCAAUCUGUGGGUUAUGAGAGAGUAUGGUGUGGUGGAAUCAUGGACAAAGCAACUCUCCAUUGAUUUUCUCACCCCGAACUUUCGGGUAACAAGGGUUUUGGGAUGUAGGAAGAAUGGUGAAUUUCUUUUAGAAGUUUAUAAAGGAAAGAAGGGAGAGAUAGUCAUUCAUGAUCCGAAGAAAAACACAAAUGAGCUUCUUGGAAUUUAUACUGAUCCGGGGUACACAUGUAUUGAAACUUACAUGGAGAGUCUAGUUUUACUUGAUAAAGCAACCUGA